AAUUGCAAAACAACUGGCACAACUAGCAAAGGCUCGUGAGGUCAGAAAUGAAUUCUUUGAGAAUGCAAAGUCCAAAGAGAGCUAAGUCUCUCCCGAAGGCCUUUUUGCAAACUGGAGAUUUAUAAUUUCAAGUAAAGGGUCAGGGAUAUAUCACUCUAUAUAUUUUAGCAUAUACCGGCUGGUUAAGUGUUUCCAAAGGAAGUCCCUUUCAAAAAUUGCCCAUACAUAUUUAUGGACUUUUUCAGGUACCAGCUCAACCCAAACAAGCCUUGGCAGCAUUGUAUAACAGAUGACUUUUAAUUUUUGAUGAAACCUACUUUUUAAUUGAGAAUGAACUUACUUCCUUUUUUAAAAGACAAAACAGUUCGACUCGCCGAACGCAAUGUUGUACUGUGCCGAAGCAUGCCAUUUCAGUUUAACCCCCGUCUCAAUUAUAAUCAUCUUAAACAAACAUUGCGGAAUUUUCUUUGACUCCUUGCUCCAUCUUGACUCUGAACUAUGGUUUGCAAUGAUCGGCAACUUGUUUUGACACGGAUUCAAGCUGGAUUUAGGAAGCCUGUCUCGAAGAGAAGAAGGUCUGUUGUAUUAUUUGUGGAGACAGUGCAUGGAUCAGGGGGCAAUGAGGGUGUGUAGCCUGGCCUUUGUUCGAUCGAGGUGUGUACACCCUGGAUCUGAAGUGGAGCAUUAAUCAGUCUAAAGAAGCUGAACGGUAAAAGAGUAUGAACAGUUUUGAGAUUGUGUAAUUCCUUGAAGGUGUUCCGUUUUUUGAGAAUAAAAUUAUCAAGCCAGAAUGACAGCGAGCAGGAUUUCGGGUACGGCGCUAUUGGCUCUGGUGAUAUUUUUAGAUGCAGUUUCUUUUUCACUCGGAGCUGCUGGGAUCCGAUGGUUAGGGAUGAAAUCAAGUCACCAUGAAAGAUGGAGAAGAGAUGAUUGUGGGCGUAAGAUUGGCCUAGCCUCUGCCAAACAAGUUAAAAUAUGCAAAAGCAACAUUGGGCUGAUGAAGUUUGUGGAAGAUAGUGCAAGGCUGGUUAAAGACGAGUGCAGAGAGCAGUUUCAUUCAAGAACCUGGGAUUGUUCAUCACUCACAAAAGCCCCCAAUUUUGGAUUCGAUCUUAAAUCAGAUACAAAAGAAGCUGCCUUUGUGUAUGCCUUAUCGUCGGCUGCAUUGACAUUCACUAUAUCAAAAGCCUGCUUCGCUGGCAAGAUACCUGGUUGUUCAUGUGCAAAUAAACCAGUUUUUGUUCAAGCUGAUAAGGCACAUCAGAUUCGCCAAAAAGAUUUCAGAGGCUGUUCUGAUAUUACAGGAAAAGGAGUGAAGUUUUCAAGGCAUUUUUCUCUAGCUGAGCUUAAGAAAAAGCAUGCUAGAAAUCCAGUCAGUCAGCAAAGACAGAGAAUCAAAAAGCAUAAUAUCAAACUUGGUGGACAGGUCGUGCGAGAUUUGCUGUCCGUAAGCUGCCGAUGCCACGGAGUGACCGGCAACUGCCAGCUUAAACACUGCAUGAAGCGGCUACCGACGUUCCAACAAGUUGCUACUAAGUUGGUGACAUUGUAUGACAAUGCUCUGCAAAUUGACACAAGACAGCAGCGAAAUGGCGGAAAGAAGUUAUCAGGUGUCAAAGGCUUGCUUCUGUAUAUCGACAGUUCUCCAAAUUACUGCAAUGUCAAUGAAAGCCUUGGUACAACGGGAACUACAGGACGGGAAUGUUUGUUAAAUGGAGCUGGCAAACAGAGCUGUAAGCAACUCUGUUGUGGUAGAGGUCAUAAAACCCAGGAGAUCGAGAUCGUCGAAAACUGUAAAUGUAGAUACGUUUGGUGUUGUUACGUCAAAUGUGAUGUUUGUAAAAGUUCAAGAUUACAGCACACAUGCAGUUAAUGUCUCUUAAAAAACAGCAGCGAUUGUGUGCGGAUCUAUAAGGUUUGGAGAAAUAUAUUUGCAUGAUGCAAUGCUUUAAGCUGGGCAGCUUUUGUAAAGCUUUGUAUCUUGGUUGUGUGAGUAGACGAACUUUAGAAUUUAAAGUAGUGGAAUGUUGGAAUUGUACAACAUUUGGGUCGCAAUGUUGACAAAGAAAGAUACCGCUCUACGACAAGAAAAUGACACAAAGAUUGCUUGAAACCGUCUUCAUACAACAGUAUCGAAUCGCUGGAUGCAGUACAUUGAAAAUUGAAAAUAGUGACUUCAAGCUUAGUGAAUUGUGAUUUCAAGUUUGAGAAAACGCUGUUCAGUCAUCAAAGAAGAAUUAGUGGACUUCAAGAGAAAGAGCCGCUAUCAGUGUUCAAGAAAGAGUUGCUGGACUUGGACAAAAUAAUUUUCGAAUACAAUCGCUACAAACUAAACCCAUUGAAGCAUUACUUAGGAAAACAAUUCUUAAAAAGCUGGUAUUUAUAAUGAUCUUCUGUACUGAAGUAAAUUUUAAAAUCCAAAUAUAUUUUGAUGUCUCGCUGCUUUACUUUUAAGACAUAAUACAUUAGACGUCAUCACUUUUAAUUUGAAAGCUUGCACAAUAAUUAAGACAAACUGUGGCAUCAAGUAGAUAUAAAGUAAUUAAUUUGCUCAAAUCUUCGGUUCGAAUUGGUGUAUUUUAAAUUAGAUAUACCUUAUCUCUGAAAAAAUAUUUAUUUUAAUCAAUACUUUCUAUAGCUGUUUAUACGUCCUUAUGUUUAAGCGUUUUGCCUAUUCUUUUUAUCUUUUGUGAAAUAUAUUGCGAUUUGGCAAACUGGCAUAAAAUGAGCUCUAAGAAUGAAUGUUAUGGCUUUGAAAAAAGCAAACAUUUGAAUAACUAAA